GUUCCUCGAGGGGACUGGAGGAGAUUGUGAAAGGUCAUCUUGUCCUUCCCCCAGCCUCCAAGCAGGCUGCCCCUCCCACCCUAGACCCGGACAUACCAGGGAAGGAGUUGGCUCUGCCGCUGCUUCUGCCCCAACAUGCACAGGCUCGGGAAGUUCUUCCUGGGGUUUUAUCUCAAAGCCUCUCCCUUACAAUUUGUCUCUCUUUUGGGAGAGGAGGAGGGGCGAUUAUAGAGAUAGUUAAUGUCUGCCGUACAAGAAACAUUAUUAAAGUUACUCUUCCGCCUUUGCCGGUCUUGAUAAACACUUCUCGCUCCUGCUUCACGAAUUCUAUUUUCCGUUCUUUAAGACACUUUAAUGGCUCUUCAAUGCAACAAUAUUUACUGAGUGCUUACCAAGCACCCGGCGCUGUGCUCGACACUGGGGGUAUGCAGAGAGAAGGGGAUGUGUUACUUUCUCUCGGCACGAUUAUAGCCCAAACAGUAGUUGCACACUCCUAAGUGGCAUACUCAGAUUUAGUCAAUAUUUACUCGAUGAUUGUUCACGUAUUUAGCAGCAUGAGAUCUUUCCAGUAAUCCUCUCUCAUAUAACCUCCAUUUACAGAAAAAGUAGGUUCUCUCCUUCCACUGACCUGCAAAUUCAGGGACAUCGUAAGGCCUCUAUCUCAACCUUGCCAUUAAAUAAAAUCGACUCUCUUGGUGAUUGAAAAGACAGGAACUAGGCACAAUUUGUCUGGUUCCCUUUAAACUUGGGUCCCCAGUGCCCAGGAAAUCAGCAUGGAUACAGUGCUCCAGUGGUGUUGGCUGGGCAGUAGGGCAGAAGUGGCUCAUGAGGAAAGCUAGUUUUCUCCCCCUUCCUCCUGGGCCUCCGCUCCCUGGGAUCUUCUGGCUCAGUUUCUUUUAUUUAUGGUGGUUAUAAAUAAUAGCCACCUCCUUCUGUGGUGUGUACCGGGCUAAGCUAAUUCCUAUGCAUUUUCUCUUCAUGCUCAAGGCAACCCCUUGAGAUUGGUAUUGUUCAUUUCCUUUUUACAGAUAAGGAAACAGAUUAAGCAACUUGACUGAGGUCAGCCAGAUAGACCAGGGACCCAGGCACAGGGAGUAUCAUCUCGAGACCUCAGGCUCUUUCCUGUACUAGCUCGCUCUCUGACAGACUAUGUGCCAGGAAAAGACUGUCUGCUCUGAGCUACCAGGCCCCUAAGGAGUACUGUGACCCAGCGGAGUUGCAACCCAUUGGAGUGACCGCUUCAGCCUAGGAAAUACCACUCUUACAGUCAAGCGAGCAAUGGAUCAAAAUGCUAAUCAGCCAAGACAGGAGAGACCCAGCGUUCGCCUGGAAAAGCUACAGCACUGGGCAAGACACAAGCAAAGUGGACGCCUACUGGUGCUGGCGGUGAGCCAAGUGUGGCUGGCAAUAGCUAUGGUCCCCUUUACUAUCUCAGUUUCCUGCUUGACCUCUGCCUGUCACCUGGUCACAGCACUGCCACUUUGGCCCGGAGCCUCGGGCCUCCUCACUGGCAUUAUCACCCUUGAACUCCGAAGAGCACCUUGCAUCUGGAAGGUGCGGGCCAUGAUGAUAUCCAACACCUUCAACCUGAUCUUGGGCUUCGUUGCGGUGGUGAUAGAGGUGAUGAAGACAGCCUUGGGAACUGCCUCUAUGGACUCCUCCCAGUCGACAGGGUUGCUGGUGCUGGAGCUGAGCGCGGAGGCCUUCACCCUAGCGGGAGUGCUGGUCUCCACAUAUGCCCUGUUCUUGCUGAGCCAGAGGAAGCCUGGAUACUUCAAGAGGUCAAGGCUGCAGUACCGGGAGCUACAGGAGGGCCUCUCUGAGAUGGAGGAGGUUUCUGGUUUGGAGAAUGGUCCCGUGGUGGCUAGCACAGGAAAUAGGACGGAUGAGUGAGUGGGCAAGACAGGUGCCACUGUCCCCCUACGCCAAGGGGGACAUCUCCAGGCACUUCUGCGUCUUGCACCUCCCUUGGACUAUAACUGGACUUCCCCCAGAAUGUGCCUGAAGCCCAGAGUGCCCUCAAUUUCCCCUCAACCCAGGCCCAUUUCUCUUCUCUUCCCCACUAGAGGGAGAUAAUUUCUGGACUAGAGACCUCCCUCACCUCACGCCUCGUCAAGCAGCUUCCUCCCUUGCAUUCUUCGACUUCUUCCUCCCUGCCUCUCCAUCCAGCUUCAUUUCACAUCUGCCUCCUCUCACUGUUCACCUUUCACAAUCCCAUCCACUCCAAGCCGGGUUGCUGCACCAGCCAACCCAGAAUCCGCGUCGGUUGUGCUCCAGGUCUCCCUUGGAUCCGGGUCCUGCCUAAUUCACCCGAGACUACAAAUCCCAGGAUGCCCCGCUACCCCGUGACCUACUGCAAAAUAAAGAGCCUUCCCUCGGCGG